GCUACACAGACAGGACUUCAAAAUGAGUCGCUUCGGUGCAUCCAAGUUCAAAAAUGCAGUACCAAAAGUCUCCAAGAAAGAGCAAUGGAUCAAUGAUAUCCCUAUUGGCUCACCGUCAUCAUGUGGGAAUCACAUCAAAGCAAGCUGUAAGUUCAUGGCGUUCAACACCAAUAACACAGGUGGCGGUACCCUGGCUGUUAUACCAUUAGAUAAAUCAGGGCGUGGUAUGUCAUCUCUACCCAUGCUUCAUGCACACUCAGCCUUGGUGACGGAUAUGGACUUCUCUCCAUUUGAUGACAACUUAUUAGCAACAUGCUCAAGUGAUAAUACGAUCAAAUUGUGGGAUAUUCCUGAGGGUGGCCUCACAGAGAGCAUGUCUACUCCUAGAUGCAUGUUAACAAAGCAGGAACAAACUGUGCAGAAUGUGCUAUUCCACCCAACGGCAGAUCAGCUCCUGGCUUCAUCAUGUGACAAGACUCUUCACAUUUGGGACAUUAAUAAAGCACAGGAAUGUAUAGCUAUGAAUGUACACACAGAGCAGAUUCAAGGUGUUUCUUGGAGGCAAGAUGGUGGUACCCUAGCAACCGCUGCCAAAGAUAAGAAAUUAAGGAUCUUAGACCCAAGGACAAACAGCGUUUGCUUUGAGACUGAUGGCCACGGGGGUAACAAAGAAACCAGAGUAUGUUGGCUUGGAGACGCGGACUUUAUUCUGACUUCUGGAUUCAACAAGUUAAGAGACCGAGAAGUGUGUAUUUGGGAUCAACGCAAGUUUGUCAAACCAGUUGCUUCCCAAGACUUCGAUAGAUCAACUGGCAUAAUGCUACCACUGUAUGAUGCUGAUACCAAGAUGUUAUUCCUGGCUGGGAUAGGAGACACAAGGAUAUGGUUUUGUGAGAUCCAGGAAAAGACGCCGUUUAUAACACAAGGAAUUGCCCAACAAGUUCCCGAACAGGUGAAGGGAAUUGCCAUGAUUCCUAAACGAGCUGUUGAUGUGAUGUCAUGUGAGGUUAAUCGACUACUUCAACUCACUAUGAACGCUGUGAUUCCAAUAUCCUAUGAAGUGCCUAGAAAGUCUCAUCGAGACUUCUAUGGAGAGUUAUUUCCAGAUACUGCUGGAGGAGAAGCUGCAUUGUCCGCUGAGGAGUGGUUGCAAGGCGGUAAUGAACAGGUACUGAGGAUUAGUUUAGAUCCUGCUAAGAGGAAAGUGAUCCCAAAGAAACCCAGUCCUUCUUCAGUGUCUGUUUCCUCUUCAGGGGACAAGACAAGAGAUGUGUCUUCCAAGGAACCAUUGGUAGCUUCUACUGAGAAAAACAAACCACUAUCUGAAAAACCUUCCUCACCCCAAAAGUCCGAUGAUGUGAUUGAGGCAGCCAACAAGCUGAAAACAUCUUCACUUGAAACCCCCAAAUCAACAAAAAUGGAGUCUGGUAAUGCUAAGUCUGAUGAGAAGAUGAAAGAAUAUAAAGUCAAGCCGUUUGUAGCUCCAUCCACAUCUAAGUAUCGUCACAUGAACAGCUGCUUAAUGCCAAGAAGUACCCAUAUGAUUAACCUACAUAACCUGAGUAGUAAUGUGUUUGGAGAAUGUGAUGUCUUCCAUGUGAAUUCCAAGUGGGGAGCCAUUCCGCUUGGUGGAGCUGGAGGCCUUAUUGCGUUUCUAGAUUUGAAUCUAUCUGGUAAGCUAGAGAGAGAUUUACCGGCCGUUCAGAAUGGCUCCAGUGUAAUGGACUUCGCUUGGGAUCCUUUUAACAAUUGCCGCCUUGCUGUAGCAUGUGACAAUGCUAGAAUACUCUUAUGGGAUAUACCAAGUGACGGCUGGACUGAAGCUAUGACGGAACCUUCUCUUACACUCAGAGGUCAUCGGGAGAAGCUUUAUUUUGUCAAGUUUCAUCCGCAAGCUGCAGACAUCUUGAUGUCGGCAUCUUAUGACAUGACCGUCAAGAUCUGGGAUCUAACAUCAGGAGAGGAGAAGCAUUCACUGACAGGACACACAGAUCAGAUAUUUAGUGGUGCUUGGAGUGCUGACGGGAGCAAGAUUGCAACAGUCUGCAAAGACGGUCAAAUCAGAAUAUAUGAACCCCGGUCAUCAAGCAAACCAAUCAAGGAAGGUAGCGGACCUGAAGGGACUCGAGGUGCGAGGAUUCUAUGGGUUUGUGGAGAUAGCUUGCUUAUGGUGACUGGAUUUGGAAAGAGUAGUCAAGAGCGAAUGGUGAGUGUAUAUUCAGUGCAGGAUCUGAGUGGAGCUUUAGACACACUGUACCUGGAUACAUCACCAGCUACACUAGUACCAUACUAUGAUGAAGAUACCAAUGUGGCUAUACUAACAGGAAAGGGAGAUACAUCAGUCAUAGGACUAGAGAUCCUGCCACAGCCUCCUUACUUCUUGAACUUGGCUCCGUUUCAGAAUUCUGUACCACAUCAGGCCCUGUCUUUCUUGCCUAAGAGCAUGUGUAAUGUGAAAGAUGUUGAGUUUGCUAAAGCAAUGAGGUUAACACAGACCAGUAUUGAGCCCGUCUCAUUCUCAGUCCCAAGGGUUAAGAAAGAAUAUUUCCAAGAUGACAUCUUUCCUGAUACUAGAGUGAAAUGGGAAGCAGCGCUAUCCGCUCAAGAAUGGUUAGCUGGAAAAAAUGCAAUCCAAGGCAAACUAAGUCUGUGUCCACCUGGCAUGAAACUAUUGAGUUCAAUUCCUAAGAUGGCUCCUGCACCUAAGAAAUACAUGGCGGAGGUGGAGUUAUCCUAUAAGACUGAUGAACAGAAGAAAGAGGAGCUGAUGAGUGCCUUCUCUGACAAGCUUGCCGCUAAGAACGAACCUUUACCUCAGGAGCAAUUUGAGGGAGUGGAUGAGGAUGAAUGGAGCGAUUGAUGUGUGGACUAUCUGCUGUAGUAACAAUGAUCCAGCUAGACUGUGACGGAGUGUAUCUUUAGUUACAUCCAAAUAAGGACAGUGCUGAAGUUGGUUAUCACAAUUAUAUAUGAAUAUUACAAAUUUGUAAUUAAGACUCGUAAUUUUUUUUUGUAGAUAUGAAUUUAUAUUACCGGUCUUCGGGCUGGCAAUGGAGGCAUUGCUGCUCAACUGAAGACAAUCAGAGCAUACUGAUCGAAACAUUGAGUUGUUAACCAAAGGCCUUUUCAGAACCUACAGAACUCAAAAAAGAGAUAUUUUAAUUGAAAAUAUAAAUAGUUAAAUAUGCGUUGGAGAUAAGGUCCCAUGCAGAAAUUUAUCAGCCUAAAGUAUGGCCCUUGAACAUGAAUUGAACAAA